UUGAAUAACUCAAACCAAGUUUUCAGAUUCAUCUGGACGGUGCACGCGUCAAGUUGUCGUCAGCUGCGGUUUUGGCUUGUCGUUGAAUUUUGAACAAAAAUAAAUAUAAAAUUAAGUUAUAAUCACAUGGCACACUAAUUGACUUUACUAAAUCCAGAUCAAAUAAAAGAUUUAAACAAAAAAACACAUAACGAAACUAUAUAUAAUCAGACUUGGAAUACUUCUCAAGUAUAUCGGAAAAAGACUUUGGAGAAUCGAAACAGACACAUCAAUAAUGUCAACGACGCUUUUUUACAUUGUGUUUAUCGCCUUAACAGCGAAUCUCUUAUCAGUUUCGGGUCUACGCUGUCAUCAAUGCAGUUCCCAUAAUAAUGAAGAUUGCGUUAGCCUCAUGGUAAGAACGCCACGUGCCCAACGCGAUGAUCAAUAUCUACGGGAAUGUACACCAAAGGAAGAUAAGCAGAUGUUCUGCCGCAAGACGAUCCUCAAGCUGGAAGCUCGCAAUGAGCAUCGCAUCGAUCGCGACUGUGGUUGGGUCCCGGAUAAUUCCCACAAUACCUGCUUUACGGCCGACAAUGAAGGCUAUAAGCAAACCAUUUGCACCUGCAGCGAGGAUGGCUGCAAUGGAGCAAGUGCUUUAACUGGAAUUGGUCCCGGCCUGGCUAUGAGCCUUGGUCUAACAGUAUCCCUCAGCUAUCUGCUGAGACAUUGAUUUCACUUAACAUUUCAUACAUCUAGAAAAUGGAAAUUCCACUCACGAUUCAUUCACACAAAUACGAUGAGAAACUAGAAAUUAAACUUCAAAUUUAAUAACUUGCAUUAUACAUAAGCUCUAUUAUAAUCGUAUCUGUUUCACUUGUUUGUAUUUUUAUUUAAUAAUUAAACGAUGGAUGCUUUUUUCGUCUA